CUAGUUCCUUUUGUACUUGAUCGGCCAUUUUGGAGAUUGUUUCACCCACAAAAAAGUUAUGCAGCCAAAUUAUAGAAGUUUUCAAAAUAAGUUUACUUAAAAUUGCAUGGUAAAUUUACAAGUGCAUAAUCGAAGCAAAAUAUAAAGAUGUUUCAUCGCAGUGUGAAUCUUAUGAAGCAGUAAAACGCCCAAGUUGCUUGUUAGUGACUAUCUUAAAACGUACGCACACAUUUCAAACACGCCUCAUGGAUCCCAACUCCAGUCCCUGGUCAUACGCUUACAACCGCAUUGUGCCCGGUUCAGCCGGUAGCACGGGAGGCACAGCGGAGGAAUUUCAGCAUCCGCACUUAGCCACCAUAACAGCAGCAAGCUUAGCGAGCUUCAAUGCAGCUGCAGCAAGUGGCGGCAGUUUUGUGCCGCCAUCGCCGAUCGGCAGCUAUAAUCCAGUAUUCCAGCAGAUAUAUCAUCAUGCAGCCGCUGCCAGUGUACAGCCGAAGCCGGCGCAUUAUGCCUCAACGACGGUCAACACACCGCACCGUCAACUGCAGCAACUGCAGUUGCCUACCAGUCUGGACAAGCAGCUGAGCACAUUUCAAAAUCAGGCAGCCGUCGCGGCUGUUUCAUCAGCAGCCGCUGCUGCCGCCGCUGCCAACAAUGUGGCAUCGAACUAUUACGGUGAGAACUCAUCGUCGAGCGGUGCCUCACCUUCGCCUACCACAGUGGCUCUCACCUCAACAUCGCUGACGUGGAACACGCCGAAUAUGCUAUCCAAUACGUUCCUUGCCAUGCAGCAACAGCAGCAGCAAGCCCAACAGCAACAGCAGCAACAACAACAGGCGCAACAGCAGCAACUUAAUCUAGUGGCUGACAAAGUGCAAAUCAAACAAGAAAAGACGCAAAUCGAAGCGUACAACGAACUAAUUUACUUGACCCAAUUGCAACAACAACAACAGCAGCAGCAGCAACAACAGCAGCAGCAGCAGGAACAACAACAACAACAGCAGCAGCAACAACAGCAAUUGCAACAAAAUAUUGGUGAGACGGAAACCUACUACACAAUAGAUGGACAAAAGAUAAAGUUGUCUCGCAAGGAUCCGCAAUCGAUACACAUCGAACAGCAGAAUGUUAGUCCCGCCUAUGCGGCACAAUACGCGAGUCCCGCAUUAAGCUCAGCGGAUGGAUCACCAAUAACGAAUUUGAACACUGUCGAUGUGGCUGGAGCGCCACAUGUUAUUGUAUACAAGACAACGCCGGCGACGGCAGCGUCGGCGACGUCAUCGGCGGCAUCCUCAUCUGCAUCGCCAGUGUCGCGUCGUACAGUGAUGAAUGUGGCAGGCGCGGGUUCGUCUGCAGCUCCCACAACGGUUGCCUACUCAUCUGUGAUACAGAGCACACUGCAGCAACAGCAGCAGCUGCAGCAGGUGCAACAGCAUUGCUGGACAAAGCCAGAGGAUGGGCAGGAGGAUAUUAAGAGUGUGCUGCAGCUGCAUGUCAAGCAGGAGCAUCGUCAGCUGGACUAUGGCAACGAUGCAGCCCCUGGCAGCACGGAUACCAGUGAGAAUCUCGUGUUUAACCUGCCGCCAGGUCUUGAGAUAAAGCAAACAUUUUAUCAGCCAAGUGUCGUUGAUGUUGAGUCGAAACAGGCGCAGUCUCAGGUGCAGGUGCAGGCUGUGGCCCAGGAGCAUCUGCUGCCCCAAGGCCGUCGACAGCAUGUGGUGGCCAAUAUGAUUAUGUCACCCGGGACAUCGAGCAGCUUAGCGUCACAGAUUCAAACAGUGCCAAAGGAGGAUGUAAAGCCACCGCCCAAGCCGGCGAAGACGCCAAGGAAACGGCAGCCGAAGAAAACGUUGAUUGCGAGUAGCGAAUAUAGCACAGUUCGAAGUCCACAGGAAUCGCAGCAUCAUCAGCUGCAACAGCAACAGCAGCAGCACAAUCAACAGCAACAGCAGCAGCAAAAUACGUAUUAUGAUUUCAAUAGCAAGUGGAAUACGCCGCUGAAAACAGAGAACAAUGCGGCGUCGGUGUCGGUGUCUGUGUCGCCAGCGACAACUAUAAACAUACCCACAUAUCCGCAGCAUAGUCAGCCGCAGCAACAGUCCUCACAGCAGCAGCAGCAGCAACAACAGCAGCAUCUGCCGCAGCCCGCACACUUGCAGUCAUCGCAGGCGCAGUCGCAUCUCACACAGCUUGCACAGUACUAUCCAGCAUUUCCGCAGCCGAUUGCAUCGCAGUACACGGCGUGUAUGCAACAGCAACAACAGCAGCAGCAACAGCAGCAGCAGCAACAACAGCAGCAGCAGGUGUACACUCAGCAACAGCAGCAGCAACAACAAGUGUAUGCCCAACAGCUGCAGCACCAACAGCAUCAACAGCAGCAACAGCAGCAGCAGCAACAACAGCAGCAACAUCAACAGGAUAAAAUUGAGUCUGUGCAACAGCAAGAUGAGGAAGGAUCAAGUUCAGCAGAUGCUGCUGCUGCCGAAGCGAUCAAUAAGGUGAUUGUGCCAAACAUUGAAGAGGAACUCGACUUUUUGGCAGAUGCGAAUAGUGCGCCGAAGCAGGGAUAUGCCAACUCACUGACCACCAAUGGACGCGGCACAAACUCUUCGACGAAUAAUACAAACUUUGGCAUACGUAAUCCCAACAAAACGCCUUCACCGGAGCCGCCUUCUUCCACAGCGCACGAGUGCAGCAAUAAUGGGUUGACGCCGGUGUCGACAACCACGCAUUGCACAUCCAGUGGUGCAUCCAGCUCAUACAAUCCGGCCGCACCGAAGCCUGUCAGCGUGGGCACAUCGAUUGGAGAAAAGAAGACACAAUUUAUGGACAGUUAUCUCAAGUUUCUGCAAGGCGAACGCGACGAUGAUCCGCCGCCGGUUGUGAAACCAUCGCGCAAGCUUAACUAUCCACGUGCUCCAUACAAACGUAAAGGGAAAAGCGGAUCCGGUGAUGAUGCGUCCACAUCGCAGGCAACAACACCAGGUGCCGCAACAACGGACAACCAGAUAGUGCACAAUCUGGCCGGUCUUGUUGGUGAUGAUGGACAUCGAAUUAAAAUACUCUCACAAACUCAAAUACUGCCGAAAAAGAGGCCACAUGCACAAAUGGUGGCAGCGGCGGCUGCUGCGGCGGCUGCCGCUGAAUCAACAACUACCUCUGUCAUCCAGCAUCCUGCAGCUGAUCAGACGACAUCCUCGUUUCGGCCAUAUGCCCAGCAACAGCAGCAACAGGAGGCGUCUGCUCUCGGCACUGCACAGCAUUUUGUGCAACAACAUUGCGCGCAGUUGGGCGGCGGUACUGGGACGGGGGCAGGGAGCGGGAGCGGCAGUCAAGACCCAUUGAAUAUGCCGCCACGUCGGGAGCAAUGCUCCCGCAAGGCCAAGGAGAGCAGCAUGCACGCACUGCUUUUGAAUACGUCUACUAUUGGGGAGGGUAAUGCGGUGGGUGAGCCGGAGGAGUUCACUGACUCGGACACGGAUCCCGUUUGGACGCCGCAGGAGGAAGACAGCGAUGACGGUAAGGGAUAUGGCAAGCGAAAAGCGGCACGGCGCAUUAAAGGCACCCCACGCAAGAACAACUAUUGCCAGCAAUCCAUGCAAUUACAGCAUCAACUGCAGGGUUCACAGCAACAGCAGCAGCAACAGCAUCUUCAUCAGCAGCAGCAACAGCAACAACAGCAGCAGCAGCAACAGUUACAUGCCACUGGCGAUGCCUACAAUUCGCAGCAGGAUCUGCAAGGUGGCCCUGAUGUCAGCUAUGGCAAUGCAACAACGGGAGCACCAGCAACAGCUGAGAACUUUAAAACUGGCGACUUUAUCGUCUUACGCGCGGAUUUGGUUAACGACUGGCCAACAAUUUGGCAGGUGGACUCCAAAUGUAUAUUGCAAAAGUACGAGCCAUUUCGACAGAACGGCAAGACUUUCUAUCGCAACAUGUCCAAGUAUGCUUCGUGGAAUCUAGAAACGAAGAAACUCUACCUCAAAGCUCCCGUGCGAAUCCAGCUUCAAUCUCACACUGAGACAAUUGUUGAGUUUAUGCGUUCUGAGCUUUUAGCUGAUGAUACUGAGCAGUUUAUUGAGAAGAUAAUGGAGGACUAUCUGUCUUAUCGGGAUAAUUUUGAAAUUUAUAUACAAACAAUGAUAUCGCAGGCGCUUGAUCCAAGCUUUUUCUCUGAGAUAACACGCGAGAAGGAUGAUUACUUUUUGGGUAGCGUGCGUGUCGUAGACAACAUCAUGGACAAUUGUAAACGAAAACUAUUGGCAAUCACCCCGUGGACUCGAAGCAUUAUCUCGUCUAUUGAGACUUGGCCAAAGUGUCACGUUUUUUCUGAAUGGGUGCAAAACAAUCUGACUCAGAAGAAUUGUGCUGGCUGCCAUCAACCAGGAAUCGCCGUUCGUUUCCUGCUAUUUGGAGAACCGUAUAAUCCAAACACGAUGCAGACCAUAACUCCAGAUGCACGGAUUGUAUACGAGAAAGAUAUUGUAUUAUGUCGAAUCUGUGCUGCACGCGCGGAUCUCUUCCAUAAGAUUGCGCAUGAGAAGUUCAAUCUGUUUAUUAAUUGUUCACAGCGUGUAACUGAGCAACAACAACAAUUUCCGGAUAAGACCUCAACCGAAAUUCUGAACGAUCUGUUGGCUGAACACAACUGGAUUGAUGAGUUGUUUCGAAACAUGCGCAAUUGUUGGGCUGAGGUUGAGAGCUUGGAGCGACAGAAGCGCUUUCGUGAAGUAAUGCAGUAGUUAUCAUCUAUAAUAAACACUAUGAUUUGGAGCUGGACCUGCUUGAAAAUGUAUUAUUGUAUACAACAAUGCUGCAAUAAACUCAAUGAGUUGUUAAUUUUUAUAUCGAUAACCAUAUUCUUAAGUUGCUAUGCUACAUUAAGGACAUUUCUCGUAUUGCAUAUUGCAUUUUUCUGUCUGCAAUCCAACUAUCAAGCUAUAAAUUAUGCACAUUGCAUAUAUAUCUUGUGUUGUGGUCCUUAUGCUUCAACUCCAUUUAGUUUCAUAAGCUUAUACUAAUUUAACAAA